AAUAGAGUACAAGUUUACUCCCAUCUUACAAGUUGACGUAUUACACUUUUGGUGCAGUCCAUCAUCAAUUUUCGCACCAGCCCUCAACCUCGUGAUUUUCGUCAUGCCCACGUUCUCCCCCAAUUCAACAACUCCAGUUUUUGAUUCCCCUUUUGUUUAGACUUCAAAUUUCACAUACGAAGUGUUCAUUUUAACCAGGCAAUCCGCAAAUGGCCGUGUCUAUGGGUUCUUACGGUUGUAUUGCUGGGGUUUAUGACGAUUUGGUUGCAUCUCCAAAGCAAGCCAUCUCUAAAUCCCCAAUUUCUACCUUUUCUUUUGGUUCGGAUCCUGCUAGACACUUCUGUGUUUCCCCCAAAUCCAGAUUAUCAUAUUCACUGAGAACUAUGAUUCCAAAAGCUUCAGCCACAGCUUUAGAGGAUGAAAUUUAUCAGGAAACUGAUGAUGUUCCGAUUCCAAAGGUGAUCAUAGACCAGGAUUCGGAUCUCAAUGCAACUUUCGUACAGAUUACCUUCGGGAAUCGCCUUGGAGCUCUUCUUGACACUAUGAACGCUCUGCAAAAUCUUGGACUAAAUGUUGUGAAAGCAAAUGUUCAUCUAGAUUCUUCAGGGAAACACACCAAGUUUUCAAUCACUAAAGCCUCAACUGGGCGUAAGGUUGAAGACCCAGAGUUGCUUGAAGCAAUUCGUUUAACAAUUAUUAGCAAUCUUCUUAAAUAUCACCCAGAAUCAAGUGCCCAGUUAGCAAUGGGGGAAGCCUUUGGAAUCGAGGCACCAAAAAAUAAGAUUGAUGUGGACAUUGCAACACGCAUACAUGUGUAUGACGAUGGCCCUAAUCGAAGUUUGCUCUCAGUAGAAACCGCAGAUCGGCCUGGAUUACUGGUAGAUCUUGUAAAGAUUUUCACGGACAUAAAUGUUGCAGUGGAGUCAGGCGAGUUUGACACUGAGGGGUUGUUGGCAAAGGGUAAAUUUCAUGUGAAUUAUAGGGGAAAAUCACUUAUUGAGCCACUUCAACAGGUUUUGGCAAAUAGUUUACGAUACUUUCUGAGGAGACCAACAACAGAGGAUUCGAGUUUUUGAAGGAUUCUGCAAGAUGCAAGUUUAUACAAUUACAACUUGCUUAUCGUUACUUCACUUUUGUAUUUACAAUUUUACAUAUUUCUGAAACGUUUGUGCAUUACGUUGAUGCUUCUUAAAUCUUACUCCAUGCUACUUGUUUUGUUACUUUAACUUGUGCAAAUUGCAUGUAGAAUGUUUCUAUUUUAGGAAACAUACGUUCAGAAUAAACGUUUAACAUAAGAUUAUACGUUUGUAACUAAAUGCAGGAUCAUAUUACCA